AUGAUACUGAUUGACGUCGCAUAUGGCGGUGGUACGGCGGCUGUCGCUCGGGUGGUGAGGAAGCCUGUAUCUUACAGAAAAGAGAAGAUGGGAAGAGCAUGGAAAAGCCGGGUUGCAGCGCUCCCGAAAUCGGCUCUGUCCAAUGGCUGCACGGCAGCAGGAGAAAGAGGCCAGACGGGGAGACGGAGGCAACGGAUCUCGGGUGGCGGAGAGGUGCAGGAGCACAAAAAGAAGAUGAAAUGCAAGGUCGGGUGGGAGAGAGAGGCGUGGUGGCUUCACAGGCGCCCCAAGAGGGCUUCUCGACCGGGUGGAGGGGGCCAAGCGACCAUUGGAAUGGCAGCCCGCCCCGGGUUUCAGAGACGGAGCGAGAAGACGUCGGGCGACACGGAUUCGAGUCCAGCUCAUUCUCAAAACGCCUCACCAUCUGACGCGUACUCGUACUCAAGCUCUGGCGUGCCUUUUCGAUGCUCGCAUCUGACUUUCGACAGCCGGUACUUCCAGACCAGGGAUGUCAGUUCUCUGGCCACCCGGCACAAAGAGCUGCAGGUACCAGCACAGGCCGAUGCUGGACAAAGGCGGCUCGAGGGUGGUACCGCUACUGCAAGAGGCGAAAGCAACCUUACCUGA